CCGAACCAAAUUCCGUCCGAGGAAGCUGUUGCUCUGCUCGGUGGAUUCCUCCGAGCUCCUGACAGCUUGCUUUUGAGCUCUGUAGCAGCAUUGCCGCAGCGAUCGAAACGCAAGCUUAGCGUACUUUGACCUAUCCAAGAUGACCCGUCUUUCGUGCCGACGCGCGAUCGAGCUGAAAGCGACGCUGCAGGACACCCGGGCGGAGGUGCACACCCCAAGUGAUGGGGACUACGCGGAUCGCAUUCGCGGUCUCGAGCUGGGUGAGGUCGAGUCGGGCGCCAUCGUGCAAGUCACGACCACCGACGAGGUUUCGCGCGUUCUCAGCUACGCGACUCACCACCACAUCCCGAUUAUCGUCCACGGUGGCGCCUUUGCAACGCGUAGUUCAUUGGGGGAGGAGGGGGGAAUCAUCAUCAGUUUGGCGCGCAUGUCCAAAGUGGUGGUUGAUCCGGCAUCACGCACACUGGCCGCUCAAGGAGGCGCGAGAUGGGAGGAUCUCGUCGGCGUUGCGGGCGCAUCGGGCCUCACGGUCGUUCCGGCCACCGGGGAUGAUACUCCAGCCGACGCAGGGACUGGAGCAGGAAGUGGCUGGUUGAUGGGGUGCCCUGGCGCGAUUAUCGACAAUCUAGUGAGUGUCAAGAUAGUCUUAGCGGAUGGGAGCAUUGUCACAACGUCGAGCACGGAGAAGCCCGAUCUCUUUUGGGCGCUGCACCAUGCCGGAGGGGUGUUCGGUCUUGCCACUGAGUUGGUCUUUAGGGUGUAUCCUCAGGGGAGGAAGGAAGGGCCUACGAAAAGCAGUGAGGCAGAUUGUGGGGCGAAAGACGGCUUAGAAGACUCUGGCGAGGACGAUCUACCACGCUUGCAGAAACUGAAAAGGCAAUAUGACCCGCAUGGGCUGUUUGGCAACCUGGACAGUGCCUCCUUGGACACGCGAAAAUAGCUCAUCGGGCGGAUUUGGUCAUGUCUGACGUUGCUAUGCUGACAAUGGGCCAUGUCGAUGUACGAGUCAGCACAGCUAUCACUGACUCUGUUAUUUGUAAUUCAAUAAUUCUGCUGGUAUAUACAUCCAC